AUGACUAAAUUGUGUCUACAUUGUCGCGCUUUGAAGUUUCAAAAAGAAGCGCCUGGCAUGUGUUGCUCCAAUGGCAAAAUCAGUUUGCUACCACUGACUGAACCACCAGAACCACUGCUCACUUACGUUGCUGGAGUUACUCGGGAGUCCAAACAGUUUCUACAGCAUAUUCGGAAAUACAACUCAUGCUUUCAGAUGACAUCGUUUGGAGCGACGAAUAUUGUGAGAUAUAAUAAUUUUAUGCCCACAUUUAAAGUGCAAGGACAAGUGUAUCAUCAGAUUGGAACACUCCUUCCAGUAUCCAAAGAAGAUCCGCAAUUUUUGCAAAUUUAUUUCAUGGACAAUGUGGAGAAGGAGAUUGAUCGACGAUGCGCAUUUACACAACUGUUUGGUCCGAGAUUUCAAAUCCGCAUUGGAGAAUGUAAGAGCGAUGACUUCAAACUCAUUAUCAGAGCAGACAAAACCCCAUCGAAUGAGCAUGAAAGACGAUUCAAUGCUUCAAUAGCCCCUGAAGUAGCAGCUGUAAUUGUCGGUACAGAAAUUACUCGGCGAGAUAUCGUUAUCAGCAGGCGAAAUCAAACCAAGCAACGUAUUGCUGAAACACAUCGAUCGUACGACACACUUCAAUAUCCAAUUCUAUUUCCGCGAGGAGAAGACGGUUAUCAUCUCGAAUUGUAUCAAACUCAUCCCGUCACAAGUGCUGCGACAACGAAAAAAGUCAGUUGUAUGGAUUUUUAUGCAUAUCGCAUCAUGAUUCGAGUCGAACAAUCCAAUCAUAUCUUAAACUGUCGUCAUGUUUUUCAACAAUUCAUCGUUGAUAUGUACGCCAAAGUCGAAAGCGAACGACUCAAUUACAUUCGUUACAAUCAAUCGAAGCUUCGAGUCGAAGAUUAUAUUCAUUUGCGAGAUGCAAUCGCGAAUGAUGGAACAAUUGGUAACAUUGGACAAACGGUUAUACUUCCAGCUUCGUAUACUGGAAGUCCAAGACAUAUGCAAGAAUAUGCUCAGGAUUCUCUGACAUAUGUUCGCAGAUAUGGACGUCCAGAUCUUUUCAUCACGUUCACAUGCAAUCCAUCUUGGUGUGAAUUCAAAUAUUUACUUUUGCGUGGCCAACAACCAUCUGAUCGGCAUGACCUCACAGCGAGAGUUUUCAAACAAAAAUUGAUACGUAAAAGAGGUCUACCACAUGCUCAUAUUUUAAUUUGGUUGGUUGAAAAAAUUGUUCCAACUCAAAUUGAUGAUAUCAUUACUGCUGAGCUGCCCAACGCAGAAGAAGAUCCAGAAUUAUUUGAAAUUGUAAAAAAAAAGAGUCACGGACCAUGUGGGGGACACAACCCACAGUCGCCAUGCAUGAAAGACGGAAAAUGCACCAAAAAGUAUCCACGCCAGCUGCUGCAAGAAACACAAACUGGUGGCGACGGUUAUCCGUUGUACAGACGACGAAAACCAGAUGAUGGAGGAUACACCACAACUAUCAAAAUCAAUAACGUUGAUUUCGAAGUUGAUAAUCGAUGGAUUGUGCCCUACUCUCCUAUCCUUUCGAAAUCAUUCAAUGCACAUAUCAACGUGGAGUCCUGUAAUUCAGUUAAGUCAAUAAAAUACAUAUGUAAAUACGUGAAUAAAGGCAGCGAAAUGGGAAUUUUCGGAAUUGCGAAUCCCAAUGCGCCCGUCAAUGAAAUCGAGCAAUUUCAUUCAAAUGGGACGUUAUAUUAG